GAAGCAUCGCUAUUUAAAAGGGAUAGGCUCCGAGGGAUGUAGUGGCACAUUGGAUGUAGGAAAAGCGGGCGUAUCUUUCCCGGCUGCAGAAGGUAGAGGUUAAACAAAAACUGUGGGAACGGGUCAGAGGAAAGAGGGGGCGGGAGGAAUGGGAAAGGGUACAGUAGAAAGGCAGGCAGGGUGUUUUCUUAACUUAAAGGAAGCGUUAAAUCAAAAGUCAAUAGCUUAUUGUGAGUUAUUAAAACGAUUGCCCACACCGCCGAGAACUGGAAAACCGAAAGUUAUCUAAUUAUAUAAGACAUAAACAAGAGAAGGAGACCUCGAUGUCGGGAAUAGGACACGGUCUGGAAUAGGAGAAGAGAUACUUUGUAUUCAACGUGUCGUACGCGCGUUCCAGGCAGCUCGUUCAUGGCAAGAAAUCUGAGCGCACUCGUUCUACAGUCAGAGGUGAAGGAUGGAGGGAGAUACAGAGACAGCAGAGGAGAAGGAGGGUGAUGACACAGAACUGUCUGGUGAGGAAGGGGUAGGGCAACUUCACCAGAGCGGAGGGUCCUCGGAUGAAGACCAGGACCUACCCAUCAUGCAGUGGGAGGACCUGAGCCUGCGUAUCGCCGAGCUAGAGAAACAGGAGGAGGAGAGGAGGGAGAGGGCAAAGAGUACGAGUGGGUCGGAACAGGGGAGUGUGUCAGGGGGCUGGGCGGAGGAGAGGCAGGGGGGGCUUCGGAGGAGAGAGGAAUGGGAGGAGGAGGACUAUGGAAGGUGUCGAGUUACUGUUUUCUCAUCUAGAUUCCACAAUCACAGAAAUCUACAGUUAUGCUACACCAACAACAGCAGUGAGAGUGAGGAUGAUGAUACGGAGGAGGGGGCUGGCAAAGAGGGUUCUAAAGAGGCUGGUAGCCAUGGUUACCAUCCCUCUGGCCUGAAGCUGGAGGUGAGGGCCGCACUGAGUGAGCUUAAAAACAAGCUGCUCGCUGAACAGAAAGAGAAGGAGCACCUCGCCUGUGUGAUCACUAAGAGGAAGCAUCUGGAAUGCUGUGACCUGCAGAUCUGCUCAAUACAACAGCUCAGUUCCCUCAGGACCUCACUCAACCAUGACAUACACGACCUGAGCUCUGAGUUGGUGGGUCACCUGUUGAUAAGGGACCAGCUGAGGACCAAACAGGAUGCCAUGCUCCUGGAUGUACAGGAUCUGACAUAAUGUUGACCCACAGGUGCACAGGAUGUGACAUCACCACUGCCAUGGACAGGGUACCAGGACAGGAAGUCAUUGUGACCAAUAGUGGAUAAAGUGAUUUUGGCCCAGACAUGCCACUAUGAGACUGUCAGAAGUAUUGCCAUUGUUGCCUACUCAACAUGAUUUUUCGUAAAGGAGAAAUGUUGAUUAUGAGCAACAUCUUGGACCGGUGUCAUAAUACAAUCCAUAUUUGUCAGACAGGGUAUGGAUAACUUUCUCUUCGUCAUCCCCACCUGAUCUUGACCAGCGUAAUAUUCAUCAUCAUAAGUGGAGAGAGUACUGUAUUAGGACCUGUUUUGACUUACGCAUGCACUUAACCAAAAAUAUUUAAUAUCAAAAAGAGGGUUUUAAGCCAUUUGUGAUGUUGUUUGAAACAUCUCUAGUAACAUCUGACUCAUAGUCUUUUGCCUGUGGUAAGAAAGUCCUAUUUAUCUUGGGGGUGUCAGAUGGAGAACCUUCACAGCCAUAUUGUAACCCAACAUUCAAUGAGUUAUAUCAUUUACAUAUAUGAGGGAUACCGCUUUGCAUAAGUUUUAUUGUGUAAGCAUUGCAAUAUCCUUGAUUUAGUAAUUUAAGGGAAUUGUCCACUUGUAGCCUGUAUAAAACAAGCUAAGGAGUUACAUAUUCAGGCUAAAGCGAACUGUCCUGUAACAAUUUGGUAGAGAAGUUUCUUUGUUGCUAAUUAUCCUCUAUUAUGUAUAAUAUAGGCCUCAUGUAGUUGUUGAUGCAAGGGAAUUGUCCGCAUAGUGCCAAUAAGCCUGUGGGUAUUGUCAUUAUGUAUUUUAUGAUAUACCAGGUUUGCAACCAUAACUAUAACUACCACCAGCAAAGGAAACUACAAAGCUGCAAUUGGUCGAUUGACUCCAUGCCAGCAUAGCCUGAAAAUAUUUUGUGUUUCUCAGAUUGUUCUGGCAAUUCUCACAUAGAAACUUCAUUGGGAUGAAGGAUGUUUGAUGUGCUUUUUACAUUUGUAACACAAAUCAUAUUUUUAAAAUGUAUCAUGAUGGAAGUGGCAAUUUUGGGCCCUUUUUAAUCCUAUGCAUGACAACACCUUGGUGUCAUUAUAGCCCUGAUAGCUCUAAAAUAUGGACUGUCAUUACAUUCUGAAAUACAAUUUUACACAUUAAUUUAUUCAAGAUUAAAACUAUUACAAUUA